AUGGACAGGAAGUCUAUCGAUUUGAGCCCUCUAAAAAAGGCCAGUGUCCCGAUAUUCUUCAUUAUUGGUGGUCCAGGUUCUGGCAAGGGCACGCAAUGCGAAAGAAUCGUGGCAAAAUACGGCUUAUCGCAUCUUUCGUCCGGUGAUCUUCUAAGAGAUGAGGUUCAAUCUUCCUCUGCCAGAGGUGUUCAGCUAUCCAAAAUAAUGGAGGCAGGAGAAUUAGUGCCUUUGGAGGUUGUCUUAGACCUGAUCAAAGAGGCAAUGCUUAAGGAAGUUGCCAAAGGUUCCAAGGGUUUCUUAAUCGAUGGAUAUCCUCGAGAAGUGAAACAAGGAGAGCAGUUCGAACGCGAGGCUUGUCAUUUUAAAGCUAUUGGUGAGGCCAAGUUGGUCAUUUUUUUCGAUGUUUCUGAUGAAAUCCUCAUUGAACGACUUUUAAAUCGCGCCAAAACGAGUGGGCGUGUCGAUGAUAAUAUGGAGACAAUAAAAAAACGUCUACAAACUUUCAAAAAUGCUACUGCCCCUGUUGUUGACUACUACGAAAAGAAGAAUAAACUGGCUAGAAUUAACGCACAUGGGAGUGUUGAUGAAAUAUUUAAUGUUGUCGUUCAACAUCUGGACAAGUUAGUUACGAAAUCGUCUGCAACACACUUUGAAAGGAAGCAAAUAGAUUUAACUCCUAUAAGGAGGGCGAAUGUGCCGAUAUUCUUCAUAGUUGGCGGCCCAGGUUCUGGAAAGGGUACACAAUGCGAAAAAAUAGUUGCGAAAUAUGGUUUCUCACAUCUCUCAUCGGGUGAUCUUCUCAGGGAUGAGGUAAAAUCUGGUUCUCCUAGAGGUGCUCAACUUUUGAAAAUAAUGGAGGCUGGGGAAUUGGUUCCCCUAGAAGUAGUAUUGGACCUCAUCAAAGAGGCAAUGCUUAAAGAAGUCGCUAAAAAAUCUAAAGGCUUUCUUAUUGAUGGUUAUCCACGAGAAAUAAAGCAGGGAGAACAAUUUGAGCAGGAGAUCAAAGAGGCAAAGCUGGUCAUUUUUUUCGAUGUUUCUGAAAAGGUUCUGGUUGAACGACUUCUACAUCGUGCGAAAACUAGUGGUCGUGCCGAUGACAAUAUGGAAACCAUAAAAAAGCGUCUGAAAACGUUCAUUGAUGCCACGGCUCCUGUUGUAGAUUACUAUGAGAGGAAGAAAAAACUUAUUCGGGUGGGUUAA